CGCCAUAUAACCGUAAAUAAAAUGUGUUGAGUGCGUCAUUAAAUAAAACGUUUCUUUCUUUCUUUCCCACAGCAAUUUAAAACAAAAUGGCUGUGGGUGAAAUGGCCUACCAACUGCAAUUUAAAGCCUGCCCACGGCAGUUUAAAAAAAAUAUUUUUGAAGCAAAUAGAUGACUGAAAGGUUAUUUUUCUGUAUGUAGACAUAUUUUAAAUAUACUUGUGUUAUAUACUGGCAGAUAAUGUAUACCAUUGAAAAGAUACUCAAUAGUGUAUUUUUGUGCUGGGGUGUCGUUAAACAUUCAUUUUUGCAUUGAGAAGCUUUACUGAUGGCAAUUUUGUACAGUCGGUGAUGUCCCUGAGUCUGUAUUUACCCAAACAUGACUAUCCAAUAUGAACAGAUAGAUGAGAUCACGUCGGAUGACCUGCGACCUGACAUGUACUACCAGAUCGGGAGUCACGUGGACUCGAGACAUCGGCUACCGACUGUCAUCGGAGUUGUACAGAUCAUCUGUGGAUUCAUCACAACAUUUUUAGGAAUAUUAGAAGUGCUGCUGGUUCCUAUGAUGGAGAACAACGAGAACUUUCACAUCCUUUUCACCAGAACGAACUGCUACGGAGCGGGCAUCUUGGCUGGAAUAUUUAUGGUGAUAACAGGCAGCGCUGCGGCUCGGGCCAGUAUCAGCCGACGCAAAACAUCGGUAAUCAAGUUCUACAACCUGACACUAUUUACGUUUAUUAUUUACGUGGCGUUGAUGAUUUUCCUCAUCGUUGCAUACAGCCUCGGGUGGACUACGCAUAAUGCAUAUCCGGAAGGAAGUCGUCUUCACAGCGUCCACAUGUUUGUUGUCAUCUUCACCGUGCUCGGCAUGAUGUUCACACUGACGUCGCUUGUCAAGUAUUUCAACGUCGUCUUCGGCGGCGACAUUCAGCUCUUUCAGCAGUGGCUGGAAUGUUGUCCAUGCACACGAGAACAGUUUCCGAGAUCAGGCUCUCUCUCUGCUUCGUCAGGCUUAUCAACUGGUCCCAGUCUGCUCAUUUAGUGGGUUUCUUCUCUCCACAUCUCGCAGUUGAUCUGUCGGCUGAUACGUGUAUCUGUGACCUUGAAGAGACCCUCUGCAGUGGCCUUAACAUGAAUCGUCCUACAACACAAAGACUUAGAAACUCAUCUCUGUUUUAAUGCUUUGACGGAGAUGAAAAAACAGAAGAUUGGUUUUCUGGAAUUUUACAUUUUAGUGCCAUCUAAAUACUGUUCUUGUUCUUUGAUAAAAAAAACCCAAAAAGCAGACAGAAAUCGCAUGCAUUUCAGAAUUGAAUCCACUGUGCCCCCUGUGAAACGCUUAAUUAUUGAAUAUACGCUGUCAAUCAGUUAAUAGAGGGUUUCUGCCAGAGAGUAAAGCUGGUAUGGCAACAUACCCAAAUUUUUGGCAGAUUUUAAACCAUGCUUGUGGCAUGCCUAGUCAGGGCUUCUGCCAGAGGGUAAAACGUGUAUGGUGCCAUAUGCAAAUUUCGUAGCAGAUUUUUCUUUUUUUAAAGUUAAUCUUUUGACAAAAUUAAUUACUCUUUAUCAUUACUAUAUGAAAUUUGUUAACCCUAACUCUAAACUUGACCCAUUUUCUUUCUGGGAGAGGCCCCACUGCAUACCCCCUAUUGACUGUGGUUUCAUCCAAUUACAUAGCGCCAUACUCAAAAAUUUCUUUCUGGCAGAUGCAGCUAUUCUUGAUGUGUGAAGAAAACCCAUCGUUGUAACCUUAAAAAAUUUCACUUUGCAACCAUGGGUCUAAUUCUCGAUACAAGGCUAAAAGAAUUGUUAUUAAGAUGCGAUGUUGCUUAAAUGAACUUUGUGAAAACGAACCCCUAAUUCAGUAGACUCGCUAAUUUUGCAGGCUCACAAUGCAAGGCAAUGACGAUGGCGAUGUUUCUUAAGUCAGCUUUAAGCGAGCUUAGUGAAUUGGUCCCCAGGUCUCUACAUUAAAUCUUGACCGCAUGCCCAGGACAAAUGGACAAGUAUAUUUUCUACAGGACUAGUAAACUGCGUCUUGCUGUUAUUUAUUUUUAAAUAGUAGGCCAAAAGAAAUAUGUCCUGCUGGAAAACAAGGGUCUAAUUCUCAAAACUCUUGCUAAUUUUGCAGUCACGCAAUACAAGGCUAAAAGAAUUGUUAGUAAGAUGCGAUGUUGCUUAAGUGAACUUUGUGAAAACUAGUCCCUAAUUCACUACUCUAGCUAUUUUGCGAUCUCGCAAUGCAAGGCAAAAAGACUUGCAAUGAUGAUGGCUAUGUUUCUUAAGCGAGCUUUGUGAAUUGGUCCCCAGGCUCCGUAUUCAUAAACGUACUUAAGUCAAAGUAUGAUACUUACAUACAUGCUUUAAGUAUGUCGAUAAGUAUCAUACAUUGACUUAAGUACGUUUAUGAAUACGGAGCCUGGGCUCUAAAUCUUCACUGCAUGCCCAGGACAAAUGGACAAGUAUAUUGUUCUACAGGGUUCGAAAUAGAAAGUAAUCUGCGGCUUGCUGUUAUUUUUUUUUUUAAAUAGUACCGGUAGUCCAAAAGAGAGAUGUCCUGCUAGAAAAAAAAUACAGCCUGUCGAACAAAAGACCGCAUGUAUUUUAGAGCUUUAUGAAAUUAAGAUAUAACAGAAUCCCGAGUUUAGCCUCGACAUAACAGAAGAUGAGAGGAUCGUACAUAUGUCGGUUUUGAAAAAAAAAUGACCUGCGACUUUUUUUAUUUUAUUUUAGCAGGUGAAAUGCUAGGUCUGAAAAAUGGACUGCUUUUUUCUUUCUGGCUGUUCUAACAACUUGUCUAACCAGAUAACUCAACUUAAAAUUACAAUAUAUCGACAACAUGAACAUUUAAUCAUUAAUUUAAUUCUGUGCUGUUUGGAUAGUUUUGUAAUAACCAAGUGGAUGUUUUGCUGUCUAACGAAAAUCAAAUUAAAUAUUGCUCAACUUUUCAGUAAAAAAUAUCUGGGUGGGGUAGGUACAUUUUUGAUGGGUGGAAAGUAUAAAUCGACAUGACCUUUAGAACAAGUGGUUGGUUAGCAGGGCUUGAAAUUCAUUCUGUGGGGUGAGAAGCAAUCGAUACUGAGAAGGAAUCAUUAUUAGAUUUAUAUAGUAACUUUUUUCAACACGUGGAUUGAAGCUUGUGAUUAUCUGAUAGAGCCCCAUUUCUAGAUUAUAACCCGAUAUAUCUGAAAUACUGUCCAGAAUAAGAUGGAAAGCAAAAGCUGCUUGCAAAACUGAUUAUCAGAAAACUGUGCAUUUUCAGCAAACUUUCACCCCAUUGCUGUGUUAAUUUCAAGCCAUGGUUCAGCUGUAAUACAGAGCCUGAAAACUGAAAGUAAAAGGUGUUUUUUUCCCCGAUUUAUCUGCUGGAGCCUAUGUUGUGUUUACAAGAAAAUUAAGUGAAAUAUAGAGUGAACUUGAAUGAAAAAGCGACUGUAAACUAGCUUGUGCCAAAUGUGAAGAAUUACAUAAUUUUUUCUGUAUCAUGCAAAUUCAUGCACCUAAUUUACAUUCCAGUACGACCGAAAUACAAUUGUUGGUUACCAUUUGGAUGUUAAAUAUUGUCAGUUGAAAGUGUGAUGUUCAAGACAUAUCUGGGAUAGAUUAUCUAGUUAUUCAAAUCUCAUCCCACCUGUGUCCAAAAUAUAUAGAGGAUAAUAAACGAGUUACAAGUUGUUAUCAGAUUUAUGUCACGAGUGAAAUACUUGUCAGUUGUCACUCGCUAAAGCUUGUGACAAAUGAAAAUUAUUUCACGAGGGACAUAAAUUUGAUAAUAACUGGUAACUCAUUUAGUAUCCUCUAUUUAUAGUGCUAUUAAUCACAGAUCCAGGAAGUUAUGAGGUGGGAAGGGAGUGGGGGGUGGGGGGAGUCUACGUGCAUCUACUUAAAUGAAAGUUGUACACAGCUGUGGAUUAAAGUUCAGAAACAUUUUCGUCAUGAGCAACUACGGACCGGACCCCCUCGAUCCCCCCCCCCCCCCCCGAUGGAUCUGUGCCUGUCUUUUUCAGAAAGGAAAUAAAUGUAACCAGUGCCCACGACUGGUGUUGUAUUGUUGUGGUAUGUAUUGUCCUGCUAAUGAAAAAAGGGCAUAUUAAAGAUCCCUAGCUGCUAAUGAAAAAACAAAAAAAGGUUUUCUCUGAAUUACGAAUUAAUCAAUGUGCUCUAGUGGUGUUGUUAAACAAAACAAACUAACUGAAUUACCAAUUAUUAAACGUCUGGUAAUCUUUGUGAUCUAGUGGUGUCAUUAAACAAAACAAACUGCUGGGGUUUUUUUUGUCUGUCUCGUCUCCCCUCCCUCCCCCCCCCCCCCCCGCUCGCUCUCUCUCUCUCUCUCUCUCUCUCUCUCUCUCUCUCUCUCUUUCUUCUCUCUCUCUCUCUCUCUCUCACACGCAACCGUGCUAAAUGUCAUUUGAAUUGGGUUCAAAUGCCCACAACAUACAUAGAACAUAAUACAUGAGUAGCCGUUAGAUACCAUUUAUCUCACAACGAGUUGUUUUAAAAUGUACCUAACGAGCGAAAGCGAGUUUGAUACGUUUUUAAACAACGAGUUUUGAGAUGAAUGGUAUGUAACGGACAUGAAUGCAUUAUUCUAUUAAAACCCAGGUUAAACAAAUUUUAACAUCUUUUUCGACAAAAUGUUAUUUACAGCCGUUGCACUUGUAGCUAACUUACGCGUCACAGACACAUGAUUGUCAGAUUAACUAUACGUUACAGUGUAAUCUACUUCCACCGUGUUGUUUUUCAUUGGCUGCAUGGCACCGAUGACCUGGUCAUCGCCUAGGGGCAGCCAGUCGUACGUCUGGAAAUUGUUAACCCACGUGUUAUCGAAAAUAAUGCAUCGUGUUCUCAGCAACGGGUGUGCAAGAAAUUCCAUUUAAUAUAGUACCGCUGUUAAUCAUCAUUCGUGUCUGCAUUGAUUCAUACCUAUUCUUGUCUCUGUUGAUUUAUACAAUUAUUACUAUUGUAAAUAUUGAUGACUUCUAAUUUAACGUCUGUGAUUUUUGUGUAUACUUGUACCAGCAUUAAAAGCAAUAAUUCAUU